AUGUCUCCCAACAGCCAAUCAGUGACCACGAAUGGAUCCACACGGACCAGUGAUCACAUGGAAAACAAGAGGCUCCUCAACCUGCCUGUGAACUACCGGCCUCCCUCCCAACUAGGUGUUUUAAUCCCGACCACAGACAAUAUCUAUAACGCUGACCCAAGUCAUCCCCACCCCAGACAGCACUACCCCAUCUCCAAGAACUCUGGUCGGUAUAAGCAGUGUGCAGGGAAAAGGUCAGCAGAGGAAUGUGGCUGUACAGACAGACUGAAAGUCUCUCCUCUAGCCAUCAACUCUGACUGCAGACAGAGGUCUUUCCCAUGUCCUCUGUGUUGUACUGUAGUGCUGAGCUAACGUUUCCUGUGACUGACUUCAACAUCACCUUGUUCCUAGGAGAAACCAACCACGCUGACCACCCGCUCUGCUCUCCUUACUUUGUUACUGUCACGGAGGUCAACAACCGGACCAGCUGAGGUCACAGGUCAGUCUCAUCCCAGAAGGCUUUGCAAUAUAAGGAUGAUUUAAAGAUGGAAUCAGCAUUAGG